CGGCCGACGAGUCGGUAUCGAGGCGUUAGAAAUGGCAACUCCUCGUCGCGGGGAGACCAAGGAUAAGGAUCGGGAUAACGAAGAUAAUAAUAUGAAAAUGAAACUUUUCAGGCUAAUGUACGAAACGGUGAGGGAUAGUGAUCUGAAAGUAAAAAGAGCUGAGUUAAUACAGAAUCACUACAACAACUCCUCGUCUUUCGAAGUCGGUUACUUAAUGGGCGAUAUUAGCGACAAGUUUAACAUUAUGCAAGACAUAACAAUGACAUUGAAACGUCUAUACAGCGACUGGAAACCAAUUGAACACAUAAAUGCGUAUGAACAAGUUGCCAACCAGGCCAUUGAAAUUGCACAUAUUAUUGAUAUGGUUAAAAUGGUAGCCAAAAGAUUAGACGAGGAGGAAGCCAAGAGUUCUUCGUCCACCCCGCCUCAUUCGACAAGUCCUAGCGAAAACGCCACGACGACGCCAAAAUGCAUCACUUCCAACGACUCUUACGUUGUAUAGACUUGCAAUAAAAAUAAAAACAGUGCAAAAUUAUUUCAUGUUCUCAAAUUCUACCGUUUUGAUAAAUCAGCAGGAUUGCACGGCGCUCAUACGAAGUUAAAAUCACCCUUUUCAAAACAU